UUUGUUUUUAUAAGAAAAGCCUUGUUUUUAGCUUCUGCUCUGUCUACUUGUCUUUCUUCUUUGCUACUUCUGUUAAAAGAAUCGUUUCAUCUCCUUGUGAUUUUAUGUGGCUGGAUAUAUGGUGGUGUUUUCUCUUGGCUGUUAUAGUUUAAGCCCUUCUAUACUCCGAUCCGUCCUUAAUUUGUUCAUAAAUAUUAGUCUGGCGUAAGCUGAUAAACCUAAUGCAUCAAAAAGAAUUUGGAAGACUUUAAUUUGGUUGAGAAAAGCAAGCAAGGGAAGUUAUUUAUUAUAUUGGUGUUGAUUGAAGUGUGUGUAUGAGUAUGACUAUGCAAAGUGUGUUUUCCAAAGAGCAUGAAGGGAUUGGCCAAAAUCCCAUGGUGCCAUGGUGGAGUGUGGCUCAACCAACUGCUUUUGUUGAGACUUUGGGCCACUUGAAGGAUGCAUCUGGGAACCAUAAGCAAGGUGAAGGUGAAGGGGCUUUGGAGCAAUCACUGUCAAAGGGGAUUCCACCUCAAUUCACUGUUUUUUCUGGAAAUGAGACAAAAUUUCCCCAAGUUCAGGCUACAAUCUCUGUCCAGCCAACUACUACUGAAUAUCGAGGUUCCUUUGAGCUUGGAUUUGGUCAAUCAGUGGUUUGUGCAAAGAAUCCCUACAGUGAGCAGUGCUAUGGAGUUUAUUCAGCUUAUGGACCUCAAGUUGCAGGGCGCAUCAUGCUGCCGCUGAAUUUGAGCUCUGAUGAAGGCCCGAUAUUUGUGAAUGCAAAGCAGUACCAUGGGAUAAUGAGGCGCAGGAAAUGCCGAGCUAAGGCAGAAAUGGAGAACAAAGUGAAACCCCGCAAGCAGCCAUACUUGCACCUGUCGCGCCAUCUCCAUGCAGUGCGGCGCCCCAGGGGAUGUGGUGGGCGCUUUCUGAACACCAAAGAUGUGAAGGGCGCAACUGGGAGCAAGCGCAAAGGUUCAGAGGUCAGCAGCAUGUUCGACAGGGAAGAUCCCGAGGAUCAUUGCCCUCAUCCAAUCAACAUCCAUCUCCACUCAUCUCUUCAGGCUUUGCCAGAUAUGAUGAACACUGGCCAUGAUUUUCUCAUGGCUGGUAAGUGGGGGGUGGCUGCAGCUGCAGAUAGCUGCUGCAACCUCAAAGUCUGACAGCUUAGGCUGAAAGAUGGGGUUAGUGAAACACACUAACCCUUUUGUCAUUGCAACCAAAUUAAACCCAAAAGCUCUGAUUUCAUCAUCAUUUGCAAUUGACAGGCAACUCAUUCUUGGCUAUCAUAUAGGCAGUUCAUCCUUGGCUUAGGUGCAUUUAGGCUGCCUCUUUCAUUCUGCAAAUGGAAAUGGUUUGGGGCACUUUGGCCUAAAUGCACUUUGUUUACAUACCAUACAUGACCAUAUGUGCAAUAAUAGAUCAUGAAGAUCUGUAGGUUGAAGUUUCAGUGUUGCAGACAUGCCAGAAUUUGGUGGUGUCAAGGUUUGAUCAUGGACUGUUGUGUUUAUACAUGUACAAUAUAUUGUGUAGUCUGGUUUGGUGAGUGUAAUAUACUUGUGUGGAAAGUAUGGUGCAUAAA